AUGCCGUUGUACAUGCGAGUAGUGGUAAUGAUAAGCCUGCUGGGCGCCUGUUGGGGUGUGCUGGUAGUGGGCCCGAAGUUUGUACGCUCCAACCAAGUGUACACGGUGGUAAUCAGUAACUUCAAUCAGACAACGUCCAAGGUGAACCUAAUGCUACGUCUUGAGGCACACGACGAGAAGGGAGCGACUGUGUUUUCCAUCACGAAGGAAGUCGACGUGCGUCGCUUCAUGAAUCGCAUCGUGAACUUUGAAAUUCCAGUUAUCUCUUCCCCAGUUAUUUUAAAGCUGAAGAUCAAUGGACUACGCGGGUUCAGUUUUGACGAUGAGGAGGAUCUUGUGUUUCUCAACAAAUCCGUAUCCGGCUUAAUACAGAUCGACAAACCCGUCUAUAAGCCGGGCGAUAAGGUGCGGUUUCGGGUGAUAGUGUUGGACACUGAGCUGAAGCCUCCGGCACGCGUUAAAACGAUUCAUGUGUCGAUCCGCGAUCCUCAGAAAAAUGUCGUUCGCAAAUGGUCCUCGGCAAAGCUGUACGCCGGUGUAUUUGAGAGUGAUCUUCAGAUCGCGCCAACGCCCAUGCUCGGCGUGUGGAACAUCUCGGUACUGGUGGACGGCGAAGAACUCGUUUCAAAGACAUUCGAGGUGAAGGAGUAUGUGCUGUCGUCGUUUGACGUCGAGGUGAUACCGUCCACCAUUCCUUUGGAGGAACACCAAGGUCUCAACCUGACGGUAGCGGCCAACUAUCACUUUGGAAAGCCGGUAAAAGGUGUGGUCAAGAUGGAGCUGUACCUGGAGGACGAUAAGCUUGACCAGAAGAAAGAGCUCGAGAUAUACGGUAUGGGACAAGUAGAACUACGGUUCACAGAAAGGCUGGAUCUGUUCGAAGAUCAGCAGGAUGUGCGAGUAAAUGUGACAUUCCUCGAGCAGUACACAGGCCGAUCAGUGACAAAAGAGCAUGCAAUUUCCAUCUACAAAUAUCUCUACCGAGCCAAGUUGGUAAAGGAAAGUGAACAGUUCCGUCCCGGAUUUCCUUUCAAGUGUGAUCUGAUCUUGAGCUACCAUGAUGGUACGCCAGCUAGAGACAUUUCCGUGUUGGUACAAGUGGAAGGAGACAGUGUAGACCAUGAGCAAAUCCAUACAACUGAUAAGACAGGUACUAUCAAGCUUGUCAUGCACCCUACCGAAUCCACCGAACAAAUGGACAUAACACUAACUGACGAUAACAGUGGAUUCUCCUUGAGCGAGAGAAUAAGCAAAGUCGAAACGAUGACACAUACGUUCAUAAAGCUAGAGUUGAAGUCACCAAUUAAAUUAAACCGACUUCUAAGACUGUUGGUGACGUGCAACGAGCGGAUGACAUUUUUCGUCUACUACGUUAUUGCCAGGGGUAACAUACUUGACGCAGGUUUCAUGCGACCAAACCGACAGACCAAGUUCUUGAUCGAGAUUAAUGUGUCGGAGAAAAUGAUACCAAAAGCGAAAAUUCUUGUUGCCACCGUGUCGAACAAAGUUGUGGUUUGGGACGCGUUGGAGAUUGAUUUGAACCAGCUGAGCAAUCAUCUGAAAAUUAACAUAGCGGAGCAGGAGAUAAAACCAGGUCAUGAGAUCGAGUUUCAGCUGAAAGGACGCCCAAGCGCAUAUGUUGGACUUGCUGCGUACGAUAAAGGUUUGCUUGAGUUCUCCGGUAAGCAUGAUCUGUUCUGGGAGGAUGUCAUGCAGGUGUUUGAUGAAUUUCAUGCCGUCGGGCAGAACGAGUUUAAUCCAUUUCACAGUAUAGGCUUAUUUACAAGAGUUGCCGGAGAAAAAAUGCUGGCACCAAAAAGCUCUACAUCGGCACGAUUCGGAAGUGAGACGAAAAGUACGUAUUCUAAGCUUGUUUCGUAUCGGACAAACUUCUUGGAAUCGUGGCUGUGGCAGAAUGUAACGAUUGACCGAUCGGGUACGACGACGAUGAUCGAGCCUGUUCCUGAUACGACCACGUCCUGGUACUUGACGGGCUUCUCAAUUGAUCCGGUGUAUGGAUUGGGUAUUAUUAAGCAGCCGAUCCAGUUCACAACGGUGCAACCGUUCUACAUUGUGGAGAAUCUACCGUACUCCAUCAAACGAGGCGAAGCGGUUGUGUUGCAGUUCACGCUGUUUAACAAUCUUGGAGGAGAGUAUAUCGCCGAUGUGACGCUGUACAACGUGGCCAAUCAGACGGAAUUCAUUGGACGACCCUUAGAAGAUCUCAGCUACACAAAAUCCGUCAGCGUUCCACCGAAGGUAGGUGUACCGGUCUCGUUUCUGGUGAAGGCACGAAAGCUUGGCGAGAUGGCAGUACGGGUGAAGGCUUCCAUCACGCUUGGGUUGGAAACGGACGCACUGGAAAGGUUCAUUAGAGUAAUGCCGGAAAAUUUAAUUCUAUCCAAUUCUGUAUCGCGUUUCUUCAAUCUGGACCGUUACGGAACGCUAGAGUUUCCCAUAUCGUUGGAUAUUCUCAAGAAUGCGAACUUCAGCACAAUCAAGCUGGAGUUCAUCUUAUCGUCAAACUUACUCACGCCGGUGACAUACAAUCUGGACAAUCUACUCACCGUACCGACCGCUUCUGGUGCGCCUAGUAUGAUCAAUUUCAUUCCAAACCUCUUGGUGCUGGACUAUCUAACAUCAAUCGGUUCGAACGAAACGCAUCUUAUAAAUAAAGCGAGAGGCUUGCUAAGAAAUGGCUAUCAGCUUGAGAUGCAGUAUCGUCAGUCCGAUGGUUCGUUUGGCAAUUGGCGCAAGUCCCAGGGAAGCAUCUUCGUUACUGCCCUGGUGGGCAAAUCGAUGCGGAGUGCUGCCAAGUACAUAUCGGAGGUAGAUUCGAAUAUGGUUGAUCGUGCAUUCGAUUGGCUUGCAUCAAAACAGCACAGUUCGGGCCGGUUUGAGGAAAUAGCGCCGAUCACGUACCACACGUUGCAGGGAGGAUCACGAAACCAUAUAGCACUAACAUCGUACGUGAUGAUCGCGUUCCUAGAAAACUCGGAAUCUUCCAAAAAACACCAGCAAGUAGUUCGAAAGGGUGUACAGUACAUUGUAAACCAUUGGAAGAGAAUAGAGGACGUUUACGAUCUUUCACUUGCAACGUACGCCCUAAUGCUAGACGGCCAUACUCUCAGGAAGGAAGUGCUGAAAUCCUUAAUAAAUAGAGCCCAGUCGGUGGAAGGCUCUAACGGGAAGGAACUGUACUGGACGAGAGAUACGGCCGGGAUUGAAACGACUGCGUACGGAUUGCUAAGUCUGGUGCACGACAAACGCUACGUGGAUGGUGUCAGUGUGAUGCGUUGGCUUGUCAAUCGUCGAAAAGUAAGCGGGAGCUUUCCGCGCACUCAGGACACAUUUGUUGGGCUGAAGGCGCUGGCCAUGCUAGCGGAAGCGAUAUCACCACUAAACAAUGAUUACUCGAUCAUUCUUCAACAUGGCCGAACGAGAAAGUUGUACAAAAUCACCUCGACAUUGGUUGAUCAGCAGUCUCGGGAUGAGCUCACAGGAGACAGUCGAACGCUGAAGGUUAGCGUAAAUGGCCGAGGGUUUGGGAUGUUUACGAUUGCUUACCAGUACGGGAUAGAUGUGAGGAAUAUUAACAGACAAUUUAAACUAACGCUCGAGAAGCAAUUUUUCAAUCAGGAUCAUACGCUACUACUGAAAGUGUGUAGCAGCUUUAUACCGCUGUUGGCACACUCGCGCUCAGACUUGGCACUGGUCGAGGUAAACUUUCCGAGUGGGUAUGUCGUCGAUAGAGAUUCUAUAGUAGACAUUACCAAUCGGAAUCCUUUUAAGAAUGUAGAGUACCGGUAUGGUUAUACAUCAUUGGUGAUAUACUACGAAAGUAUGGGACCUGAGGAGAACUGCUUCACAGUGACCGCGCAAAAACUGUUCCGGGUAGCAUUUCAAAGACCAGCUUAUGUGCUUGUGCACGAUUUUUAUAAAACAAUGUAUAGAGCAAUAAGAGUUUACGAGGUGCCACAAGAAACGUGUAGCGACUGCAAUUAA